ACACAGAAGAAAACAACAAAGCAUUCCUCUCGUUCAGUGGCGAUUUCGGACGACGAUGCUGUAUACUACCGUUUUCGCAACCUUGCUUGUUGGAGCCAUCUGCGGUUCCGUGCAAGACACCAAUAGAUAUGUGGACCGGGUGCUGGGUGUGGAGAUGCCCAGAGAGCUCAGCUCUCUUGAUCCAUGGAUUUCUAGCAACUACAACGUUACCCUGAACGCUACGAUGAAGAUUUCUGCCUAUUUUCACCCGCUGAAUAUCACUGGAUUCCGCCUAGCUAAACGUCUAGGAAAUUGUCAGAAUGGAAGAAUUGGGAACCGCGUCAACGCCACUUGCAACGUCACCUUUGGUCACGUCGUUGCUCGGGCCAACUUGACCCUCAGGUACACCGGUCGAGUGUUCUACAACGUCACUGCAGUCGGCACAUUCACCACCAUCUUCAGCAAGUUUAAUGCAACGGCACAAAUUGGACGACCACCUUUCGCAGAUUUGAAGCUCGUGCUCCCUCUUGAGGCGUCUGUCAAGUUUACGGGACUUAAGAACGUCCCAGUCUCCGAGGCCCUCAAGAAAGGCUUCCUGAACCAUCUAGGGGACAAAAUUUCCAACUUCCUAGUUUUUUACGUUCAAGCCUUGAAUAGAGCUGCUCGGAAAGCACCCUUCCCUUAUUAAUCACCCCAAUUUGAGUACGUAAAUUGUUUUUAUGUCGGUCGCUACUAGUUUCACACAAAAUAAAUAAAAGGAAGUAUUUUAUUCUGCAGGAA